AUGUCAGAUAAAAGUGAUUUAAAAGCAGAACUUGAGCGUAAAAAGCAGCGUUUGGCUCAGAUAAGAGAAGAAAAGAAACGGAAGGAGGAAGAAAGGAAGAAGAAAGAGGCUGAUCUACAGCAAAAGAAGGAGCCAGCUCAGGAAGACUCUGACCUAGACCGCAAAAGAAGAGAGACAGAAGCUUUGUUACAGAGCAUUGGUAUAUCCCCAGAACCACCUCUAGUCCCAACCCCUAUGUCUCCCUCUUCGAAAUCAGUGAGCACACCCAGUGAUGCAGGCAGCCAGGAUUCGGGAGAUCUGGGACCCCUGGGAAG